AUGGCGUCUUCAAUAUCCACAGCCUCGUUAUACCCAAGGAGAAAAUACAGAAUGCUCAUGUUUGGGUGCUUGGUGCUGGUUCUGUUUUCUAUAUUACCGGCUAUCAAUGUUAAUAAUGCAGAAGUUAUCUUGGACGCUAAAUUAAGGGAUCUAACAGCGGAUUGGGGGAACGACAAGACUGUUGAAGUUCCGAAGGCUGAAGAUGGAUGCCCAGACUAUGCCGAAUACUCAAGAACACCUCAUCAUGACAGAGAGGGACCUGAGACUCCGCUGAAGCUACCUUACCAACGGCCCUUAGAAAAAUGUAGGACUUUUAGAUCUCCAGUAAUUGACAAUUUUAUUAAGAACUUUGUCCCUAUGCUGCAGGAUCCCGAUCUUGCAAUUAUAUUCGAGAACGCGUUUCCCAAUACCCUUGAUACAACAAUUCUAUGGCAUGUGGAAGGGGAGCAGAACCAGUUUCACAAAGAAUCGCAUGUAACAUAUAGAAACAAUAUCCCUGAGACUUUUAUUGUGACGGGGGAUAUCCAUGCCGAGUGGCUGCGUGACUCUGCAUGGCAGCUUUCCGUAUACCACCGAUUUUUAAAAGGCGAUCCUAAACUAAGGGAACUUAUUCUGGGCGCUAUAAAUACGCAGUCGCAUUUCAUUAUCAGCAAUCCAUACUGUAACGCUUUCCAGCCCCCUAAAUACAGCAAUGUCGAUCGGGUUAACAGUACAAUAGAUCAAGUAUUUCCUAAACCUAAUUGGGAUGAGGUAUUUGAGUGCAAGUACGAGAUCGAUUCACUGGCAUCAUUUUUAACCCUUUCUUAUGGAUACUACAAUGGUGUGGCCAAUGAAGACAAGUUCAGGUUUAUCACAUCUGACUGGCUACUGGCAGUUCAAAGUCUGAUAAACGUUCUUAGAAGAGAGUCUGUACCUACAUUUGCUGCGGAUGGCACAGUCAACCCUUAUAUGUACAGCUUCAAGAGAAAAACCACCAUAGGUUCGGAGACUCUGCCCCUGGGAGGCGUUGGAAACCCGGUAAAUUCAAACACCGGGCUAAUACGUUCUGCAUUCAGACCUAGCGAUGAUGCGACUGUCUUCCAAUUUUUCAUCGCUGGAAACGCACAUAUGGCUGUAGAGUUGGAUCAUUUAGUCACAAUUUUAAAAGCCUAUACAACGGAGUCCAAGUCAAAUGAAGAGCCAAGCAGCGGCUUCAGUAACAUAUACAACAUUCCUAUUGCAACAUUGAUAUCUGACGCAGAGAAGUUAUCAGCACAAAUUAAAACAGGAAUCAAAGAACAUGGUAUAGUUAAACACCCGCUUUUCGGCCAGGUUUACGCAUAUGAGGUCGACGGCUACGAUAGUAGAAUUAUAAUGGAUGAUGCUAAUAUCCCAUCUUUAUUGUCACUCCCUGCACUUGGAUUCGUCGAUGCAAAAGACAAGAUAUAUCAAAACACCAGAAAAAUGAUCUUGUCAUCCCAACACAACCCAUACUAUAUCAACGGGAAGUUCUUCGAGGGUAUUGGAGGACCACAUAUCGGAGUGGAAAGCCCAUGGCCUAUGAGCUUGUUGGUUCGUAUACGUACCUCAAACGACGAUCAAGAGAUUAAAGAAUGCUUGAAAUACGUUUUAGAAUCAACUGGAGGAUUGGGAUUGAUACAUGAAUCUAUAAAUGCUUUUGUUGAAAAUGGAAAGGAGUACACUAGGCCAUGGUUUGCAUGGGCUAAUUCGGAAUUUGCAAAAACAAUUCUACAGCUAGCAGAGACAAAGCCACAUCUAGUUUUAAGGGAAGAUGUAGCGCGUAAGAAAUUCGAUUUAGAUGCAAUGAUCGCUGACGCAAAGGAAGCAGCUGGCAUUUAA